CCGCCCGCCGGAGAGAGCACAAAAACAAUCGGCAUCUCCUUUUCUCUCACACAGUAGAACAUAAACAAGGAGACUAAAUCCAUCUCGACUUCUCCGACGCUCUCACCGCCGUCAUCGACAUGGUCUCUCCGGUCACCGUGGUUAAGAGUGAAGGACCCAAGCUGGUGCCAUUCUUCAAGGCAACCUGUGUUUAUUUUGUCCUGUGGUUGCCAACCUCAAGUCCAUCCUGGUUUAGCGCACUUAUCAAAUGUCUGCCCAUAUUUUGCCUGUGGGUGUUUCUCCUGGCGCACGGCUUCAGCUUCCUGGGGGCUCGCGCCAGUGCCCGCAAGAUCCUGGCCGGCCUCAUCUUUUCUGCUCUGGGCGACGCCUUCCUCAUUUGGCAGGAGCAAGGCUACUUUGUCCACGGUCUUUUGAUGUUUGCCAUAACUCACAUCCUCUACUCCUCUGCCUUUGGGAUGAAGCCCGUCAAUGUGCGUGCAGGCCUGGUGAUCACGGGCGUGUCCAGCGCGAGCUACAUGCUUCUCUACCCUUACCUGUCAGGCCCUUUCACCUACCUGGUGGCCGUCUACAUUGGUCUGAUCGGCUUCAUGGGCUGGAGGGCCAUCGCAGGCCUGCAGCUCGCCAACGACUUGUGGACCUGGACCAAGCUGUCGGCCUGCCUGGGGGCCGUGCUCUUCAUGGUGUCCGACCUCACUAUAGCCGUUAAUAAGUUCUGCUUCCCUGUUCCCCACUCGCGUGCCAUCAUCAUGGCGACUUAUUACGCCGCCCAGAUGCUCAUAGCCCUGUCGGCUGUGGAAUGCCAGGAUGCGGAGGUUGCCAGGAAGAGGAUAUGAGGGCCCCUUGACCAGGUCCCAAGCCUCAGCCCUCAUCUCCAUUGUUACCAUAGCAACCGGAGCACCAUGGCCAUGUUUGAUAGCCCCACUCUUUUUGCGACAGUGUUAUCUUCCACCUCUCCCCAGCAACAGUCCCAUCUAUCUUUGGAUCCUCAAACGCCGAGUGACCAUGGGCGUUAGCACGGUAACGUUAACCUUCUCCCCAAAGUAUUAGGCCUCAUCGUUUUAUUGGUUUUAGGGGGAGCAUGUCACUGGGAACUUUUUAUGAAACGUGUGAGAGAGAGCAGAGGAAUGUGUGGAUUUAUGUGUUCGAUUCACGUACCUCACUUUUGAUGCGUCGCCCGCAGACGCAAGACUCUUAACUUGGUCCAUUCAAUUCAAUAUUUGUGAUGUUCUGUCAUUUUUUAUUGUUUUCCGGCAAUGUUCAAAGUGGAAACGAACCGGCCAACAACCAAGAAGAGUAGCAAUCGUGGUAUAGCUUUUGCCGUCUCAAAAAAGGGAUUUUAUUACAGGCUUUCCAACGUUCAGGAAUACCCUGCUCGACCGUCUCCCCCUGUAACAAGGGUGCUAUUUUUAAAGUUAGGAGCUGUCGUAUUAGCUUUAGUUCCUUCCAUCCCAAUUACAAACAACCAUUCGCUUGGUCUGCUAAUGAAGAUAGAAAGAGGAAUAAAGCCAGAAAGUAGGGAAAACAGACUACAUCAGCCAGUGUGCACUGAAGCUUUUGUGACUGAGCAUAUCAUCCGCAGGAGAGUGGGUUGUUUGUGGAAGGUAGGCUUUUACGAGUUUGCUCAGUCCAUGUCAUAGCGGAAGGUUCUUUUUACUCCUCUCUGAGAGAAAUACUUUAGGAAUUCAAACAGGUAGCACUUUCCACCCAUUGUCUAGGCCAGCCUUGGACAUGUACAUAGUAAUCAUUGUAAAUGCUGAAGAAAUAUCAGGAUUGUUCACUAUGAGAGAAAGUCCAUGAUGUUCUUUAAACUGAUCAGGCAGUCCACGGUGUCAUUAUGUGAAUGUUGACUGAAAAGAAGGUAUAUUGUUGAUCAAUUGUACUGUAUGUGUGUGUGUAUUUUAGGGGGUUUGGAUGGCAUUGGCUCAGUUGUGGCAACUGGCUUUUUUCUACUGCUUUGGCAAUGGUUUUGUUUUGGUUGCUGUUGUUUUGUUAGUUAACAGGCAUGGUAGAGAUCGGGACUAAAGAGCAGAUGUAAACAUCAAAACCGAAAGUAGUCUACUAACUGACGGACCAAUUUUGUUAGCAGUUUGUUUUGAAUCUGUCCCGUCCUUCAUCGUUCAUCCCUGGAUACCACUCUCAGAAUGGAGAGUCUUAUCUAAUAUUCACAAAUAUUAUCUUCAGAUGUCUUUUAUAUGUUCAAAGUGGAACGAACCGGCCAACAACCAAGAAGAGUAGCAAUCGUGGUUUAGCUUUUGCCGUCUCAAAAAAGGGAUUUUAUUACAGGCUUUCCAACGUUCAGGAAUACCAUGCUCGACCGUCAAGGGUGCUAUUUUUAAAGUAAGGAGCUGUCGUAUUAGCUUUAGUUCCUUCCAUCCCAAUUACAAACAACCAUUCGCUUGGUCUGCUAAUGAAGAUAGAAAGAGGAAUAAAGCCAGAAAGUAGGGAAAACAGACUACAUCAGCCAGUGUGCACUGAAGCUUUUGUGACUGAGCAUAUCAUCCGCAGGAGAGUGGGUUGUUUGUGGAAGGUAGGCUUUUACGAGUUUGCUCAGUCCAUUUCAUAGCGGAAGGUUCUUUUUACUCCUCUCUGAGAGAAAUACUUUAGGAAUUCAAACAGGUAGCACUUUCCACCCAUUGUCUAGGCCAGCCUUGGACAUGUACAUAGUAAUCAUUGUAAAUGCUGAAGAAAUAUCAGGAUUGUUCACUAUGAGAGAAAGUCCAUGAUGUUCUUUAAACUGAUCAGGCAGUCCACGGUGUCAUUAUGUGAAUGUUGAUUGAAAAGAAGGUAUAUUGUUGAUCAAUUGUACUGUAUGUGUGUGUGUAUUUUAGGGGGUUUGGAUGGCAUUGGCUCAGUUGUGGCAACUGGCUUUUUUCUACUCCUUUGGCAAUGGUUUUGUUUUGGUUGCUGUUGUUUUGUUAGUUAACAGGCAUGGUAGAGAUCGGGACUAAAGAGCAGAUGUAAACAUCAAAACCGAAAGUAGUCUACUAACUGACGGACCAAUUUUGUUAGCAGUUUGUUUUGAAUCUGUCCCGUCCUUCAUCGUUCAUCCCUGGAUACCACUCUCAGAAUGGAGAGUCUUAUCUAAUAUUCACAAAUAUUAUCUUCAGAUGUCUUUUAUAUGCAUAUGUGCACACAAUACUAUACACAUGUUUUGUCCGCAUGUGUUGCUGACUCAGUGCACACUCUGCAACCAGCUGUAGGCCAUAAAUGCUGUGACCCAUCACAGAUGGAGUCAUCGUUGCAGUACACUACUGGAUAUUAUGGAUUAAUGUAUUCUCUCAAUGCUCUUAAAUAUGGAUCUGUGCUGGUGACCUCCUUCAGUGUUUUAUACAAUCCUCUAAGCAUGUAUGGCUGACAUUGACUCUUUUAAGGUUAUAAUAAUUGGAAAAAAAAAAACCUAAUAGGAAUAAGCAGUUGCCAUCGUAAAACCUUCUUUCACUUAACAGGCUAUUUUUAAGUUACGUAACGCUACAUUAGUACCUUGGCUUAUGAGUUUAUUUGGUUUUGUGACGGAGUUCGUAACUCAAAAUACGCGUAUUUCAAACCAUGGUUCUUUAUGAAAAAAACAGCACAAUUUUGGCUUUUGAAAAGAAAACUAACUUUUAGAUAAGAAAUAUUGUAUGAAAACAAUGCAUUUGAAUGUACUACAAACAACUGAAGUUUUAUGAAGUUAUGUAAUAAUAAUGUACAGCAUUUUUUACCUUGGAGAGCAGACUUCUAGGGUAUCUCCUUCAAGCUGAUUUUUCUGUCCGACACACUAUAAGCAGCUUCUCCAUAUUUGCGUCGAUUAAUGUCCUCUGUUUAAAAAAUUUUUCCGGCGGUAUCGACUUAUUCUGCUUCGGUUUCGUGCACACUAGCAGUGGUAUGCUCGUACUGCUUUGCCAAAUCGGCUAAUAUCUUUCUUUAAUCCAUUGAAUAUCAUCCCCUUUGCACUCACUUUUUUGUUCCCGUGUUUGAACAAACAAAGUCUAGGUCUUCCAAUAGCUUUUAGCUAAUAAUUUGCAACGGAAACUAACGGUGGGGAGACUUUUGCACGCAACUUAAAGCAUAACAAUUAGCCGAGUGACAGAUCCUAUCCCCCUCAAACUUGUGAGCUGGGGCACUGGUAACCAGAGGUACCACUUUAUCAGUAAAAGUCAGUGAAUGUAAAGCAGCGUAGCAGGUGUAUAAAUUCUCAAUUGGGUGAGAGUCAAGUUGAGCAGUGCUAACCAAUGAGCUUAAUGCAAUUGGUUGUCAACUCAUUGUCCAGCGUAGCUCUACUUUACAUGUUGUCACACAGUCAGACUAGCUGGCAUCCGUUACAUGAACUUUUCCACUGAUAACGUUGAGAUAGCUCGGCAUAGCUCGGUUGGUAGAGUGGCCGUGCCAGCAACUUGAGGGUUGCAGGUUCAAUUCCCGCUUCUGCCAUCCUAGUCACUGCUGUUGUGUCCUUGGGCAAGACACUUUCCCCACCUGCUCCCAGUGCCACCCACACUGGUUUAAAUGUAACUUGGAUAUUGGGUUUUACUAUGUAAAGCGCUUUGAGUCACUUGAGAAAAGCGCUAUAUAAAUAUAGUUCACUUCACUUCACACUUCAGAUGUGAAAACAAUGCAACAAAUAAUUACUGCUGUCAAAAUCUGAUUAAACAUUUUUUUAGUUUUGGUUAUCCGCGAUUAAUCACAAUGAAUUAAAACUUUAGAUGAAUCAACUUUAAAAGAGACUUCCAUUAUUUGACAAAACUGCAAUUGAAUGUUAUUGUCAGAAUGUCAUACAUCAUGAACUUUUAUAGAAAUGUAUGAUGUACCCAUCUCAAUUUUUAUAUACAUUUUAUUUUUUAUAUAUUUUGGCCGCACAAGUCCAUAUGCCACAAUUAAACAUCAAUCAAUCAAUCAAUGUUUAUUUAUAUAGCCCCAAAUCACAAAUGUCUCAAAGGACUGCACAAAUCAUUACGACUACAACAUCCUCGGAAGAACCCACAAAAGGGCAAGGAAAACUCACACCCAGUGGGCAGGGAGAAUUCACAUUCAGUGGGACGCCAGUGACAAUGCUGACUAUGAGAAACCUUGGAGAGGACCUCAGAUGUGGGCAACCCCCCCCUCUAGGGGACCGAAAGCAAUGGAUGUCGAGCGGGUCUAACAUGAUACUGUGAAAGUUCAAUCCAUAGUGGCUCCAAGACAGCAGUGAGAGUCCCGUCCACAGGAAACCAUCGCAAGCGGAUCAGCAGCGUAGAGAUGUCCCCAACCGCUACAGGCGAGCGGUCCAUCCUGGGUCCCGACGAGCGGUCCAUCCUGGGUCUCGACUCUGGACAGUCAGUACUUCAUCCAUGGUCAUCGGACCGGACCCCCUCCACAACAUAAAAUAUUUACAUAGGCGCUUGUGUUCAUUCACAUAUACAACAAAAGACAGUGACUGUAACAGAGCCUACGAGAGUUAGGUCUUUCGGGGCCCAUUAGUAUUGGUGAAUUACUGUUUCCGGGUGGGGGCCGUUUCCUUUUUCAUUGUCCGAGUCGAUCGUCUUUGGCUUUGGGGCUGUGUCUUGUGCAUUUUGUUGUUUCUUCUCCAAGAUGAGGGUGAUUCCAUAAUUUGCUCAACGGCUGACUGAAUGAUUAUGUGAAUGCGUUAAAAGUCAACAAUGCCAAUGCAACUUCUUUGGUCUGAUGCAACGGGGCUAAAGUAUUUUGCAGCAUGUGAAGUGAGGCUUGUGACUCCGAAAAAAUACAUAAAUGAGCAGCAGCAUUGCAUAAAGCGAAGGGUUCAAAGCAUGGGGGAAAAUGUGGCGGCUUGUAGUUCGGAAGUCACUUUAACGGCAAAUUAAAAUGGGACUUAUAUAACCCUCACACAGUGAAAAAGAAGAUAACUACCGCAAAAACAUAAACGACAUAAUCACUUUAACUGAGUCGAGUGACGGGAAAAACUGGAGUCUUGUUGCAUCUAACGAGUAUUUUUUUUGUUUUUUGUUUUCUUUUUUUUUACUUUUAAAGGCUGCGGAAAAAGCCAGAAAAGAAGCAAAACGGAUUAAAUUUGAGGUCUCUUUCGGCUGUGAUGAAGUGAGGUCAAAAUUGCAAGUUUCCCUAUAUUACAAUUAGUCUCCAUGCUUCAUUAGUGUUAACAAUAACUCCACUUAAGGCUGGGCGAUAUGGCCUUUUUUUAAUAUCUUGAUAUUUUUAGGCCAUACCGCAAUACACGAUAUAUAUCUCGAUAUUUUGCCUUAGCCUUGAAUGAACACUUGAUGCAUAUAAUCACAGCAGUAUGAUGAUUCUAUGUGUCUACAUUAAAACAUUCUUCUUCAUAAUGCAUUAAUAUAUGUUACUUUUAAACUUUCAUGCAGAGAGGGAAAUCACAACUAAGUCAGUUUACCAAAACUGUAUUUAUUAAACAGUUAUCAAGCAGUGGCAUAAACAUUCAUGUCAUUUCCAAAACUGAAAGUGCAAGAUUGUCAGAGACAUUUUAAAACAAGCUAUGAGUGCACUUUUGUGCAUGAUGUCACUAAGAUGACAUAUCAAAACAACACUAAAUUAAAGUGCACUUUUUGUACAGAACGCCACUACAAUAGUUUAAAACGAACGAAGUGCACUUUUGUGCAUGAUGUCACACAAGAUAUUUCAAUAACUGCCAUAUAACUGUAACGUAUUAUUUUCGGGUCUCCCCAUGUCUAGCAUUAAAAGAUUACAGUUGGUACAAAAUGCGGCUGCUAGACUUUUGACAAGAACAAGAAAGUUUGAUCACAUUACGCCUGUACUGGCUCACCUGCACUGGCUUCCUGUGCACUUAAGAUGUGACUUUAAGGUUUUACUACUUACGUAUAAAAUACUACACGGUCUAGCUCCAUCCUAUCUUGCCGAUUGUAUUGUACCAUAUGUCCCGGCAAGAACUCUGCGUUCGAAGGACUGCGGCUUAUUAGUGAUUCCCAAAGCCCAAAAAAAGUCUGCGGGCUAUAGAGCAUUUUCCGUUCGGGCUCCAGUACUCUGGAAUGCCCUCCCGGUAAAAGUUCGAGAUGCCACCUCAGUAGAAGCAUUUAAGUCUCACCUUAAAACUCAUUUGUAUACUCUAGCCUUUAAAUAGACUCCCUUUUUAGACCAGUUGAUCUGCCGUUUCUUUUCUUUUUCUUCUAUGUCCCACUCUCCCUUGUGGAGGGGGUCCGGUCCGAUCCGGUGGCCAUGUACUGCUAGCCUGUGUAUCGGCUGGGGACAUCUCUGCGCUGCUGAUCCGCCUCCGCUUGGGAUGUUUUCCUGCUGGCUCCGCUGUGAACGGGACUCUCGCUGCUGUGUUGGAUCCGCUUUGGACUGGACUCUUGCGACUGUGUUGGAUCCAUUGUGGAUUGAACUUUCACAGUAUCAUGUUAGACCCGCUCGACAUCCAUUGCUUUCUUCCUCUCUAAGGUUCUCAUAGUCAUCAUUGUCACCGAUGUCCCACUGGGUGUGAGUUUUCCUUGCCCUUAUGUGGGCCUACCGAGGAUGUCGUGGUGGUUUGUGCAGCCCUUUGAGACACUAGUGAUUUAGGGCUAUAUAAGUAAACAUUGAUUGAUUGAUUGAUUGAUAUAAAAAUGAGCUGCAUGAUAGGAAAUCAAAUAGUGCAUGUCCUUCGCUAUGUGGUAGGUUCCUGUGGACGUUAUCUCCUUCUGUUGUUGACAAUUUUUUUCAUACGGUGUUGAUCUGGAAAUGUUUGCCUCGGCAUUUUGAUGGUGUGGGCGUGUGGCACCGAAUGGAGAUGUUGACUUGCGGAGUAAGCACUCUUCAUUCUCUAGCAGGUGACUUUUCAAAUGAUGCUACAUAUUAGCAGUUAUGCUACUUUUGGUAGCAACUUUGUGUCCCACACUUGACAAAUUAAAGUUGUCUAUUAGACAUAUUCCCGCUUGAAGCCGAACCACCGCCAGACGAUGGACCCCGUGCGUUUUUUCUUGGGAAUUCAUUCUUCCUUCAUUCGCACCUUCUGUCUCUCGUAUUACCACUCGCACGGCUUCGCUAGCAUCACAGCUACCUCUCUGCUUUGUGAGGGCUUUUACUUAUGUGAUGUAUGACGUGACAGUAUGUGACAUAUGUAAGAAGGUGCGCUUACUGUCUGUGAAAAGGAGACACAAGAAGGAGUGGGAAGAGCCUGUAGUGUAAUGCCCGCAGCUAAAAGCAACUGCGUGAGAACGUAUACUCGAAUAUCCCGAUAUAGUCAUUUUGUAUAUCGCACAGAGAUAAACCCGCGAUGUAUUGCGUAUAUCGAUAUAUCGCCCAGCCCUAACUCCACUAAUUACACAUAAAAUCUCCGUAAUUGCAAAUCAAUUUGUGUGUUAUAUGUGUUUUAUGUUCUCAAACAAUGGCAAUAUAAGAUUUUUCUGAUUCUGAUUCUGAUAAACACAAGUGAGCAUUGGCUACAGUGCGACAUAUUUGGUUAUCUCUACAGUGAAAUGAUAUGCUGGAGUAUGCAAAACAAACUGCAAUGGAAAAAGAAAAGGACCCAUUAAUACACAAAUGUUUCCAUGCUGUCACAUGUUAUCUGCAGGCAGAUCAUUGACUACAUUCAGGCCAAAGUGGACCAAAUAGGUUUUUUUUCUAAAAUCGAUUGUAGCUGAGAUUGGCGCCAGCGCCCCCCGCGACCCCAAAAGGGAAUAAGCGGUAGAAAAUGGAUGGAUGAUUUUUUUUUCCAGCUGACUGCUUCGUUUAUAAGUAGAAUGUGAUUUUUUUUUUUUCAGCAGAUUCAGUGUCCAGUGUAAAUCUCCCGCCCAAAGGCAAAACCUAGUAACUCAAUUCUAGCUGAUUUGGAGAAAACAAAGGAAAAGCAAUCUAUCUCGAUGCUGUCUUACAAAGAUCUACAAAGUCAUCAAACGUAUAGAUGUUUUCUUGAGCUUUCAUUUUCUUGUCGAUUGAGCCACGGAUUGAAUCUGCUCUCAUGAACGUGUGCCCUUUCUCCAGAUAUUUUAUCACAAUCUCGGGUGGGCCCCAUUCUGCGUUUGCGCAUUGGGCAAGAGCCGUGUACAGCGUCCAGUUUUUAUUUUGACCUCCACAGUUAUCUGCCCAAAAGAGUAUGCAAGGGGAAGAAUCAAGAACAAUACAUGUAAAGAAGGUGCUUGCAACGUCCUGGGCCAAUCUUCCAAAUAUCCCCUCGUGCCAUAAUAUCACAUAAUCAGGUUGACCGUCGGCCCCCAUUCGUGCAAAUGUCUCAUUAAAGACAAUAAGGCGACUGACAAAGAAGCUCCGAUUGGUCCCUUGAGAUACUAGGUUUUUCUGUUGUAUCUAUGUGGUAGUUGCUAGGUCCUGCUUACUUACGGAACAAAUGACAAUAUCGCAUACACUAAUGUAAAGCAUAUCACCUAGGAACUCCAAAAUUAUUAUCAGCUCAGUUUUGACCGAAAUUGAGUUACUGGGUUUUGCCUUUGGACGGGAGACAUGGAGCUAUAACGAUAGUUUUUCACUUGGCUGACAACAAUUGUGGUAGAAAUGAGUAAAGGCGCCAUUUCUGCCUGAAGCACGCUUGUUUGUAUUUUUUGCUUUUGUCACUCUGACCUGUCAGCGUGACCACUUGUCGUUCCAAUCUGUCCAUCCAGCAUUACAGCUCAUACACUCACUCGCCAUUUUCCUCGUCCAUGCUCGUUUUGUCAUGAGCCUCGGGCCCAGGAAGCACGAUAGAAAACGGAAGACGGAGUCAAGCAGUCUUACUCAUCUGCACCAUGUAGGCAUUUUUAUGUAAGCAGCCCCUUUUUGGUUGCCAAAUAAAGGCAUAAGGAGCGUCAGAGAAAAUGAAGUCUUUCUCCGGUUAUUUUUGUUGGACAACCCACACACUCCAGAAAGUUCCCACUACUAUGCAUGCUGAAGUCAGAAGGCUGUAAGUUGUCGUUCCUAUCAUACUGCUGUACAGCACGAGUAACCAAAGCUAACUCUUGUAUCAUUUAGUGUCAUUUUUUCCCCACGUAUGUUUGUCCUACUGUUGACUGACUGAUGUUGACUGCUAACGUUGCUGGAAUAAGAUGAGGGGGGUGAAAUAUGACACAGGAGAACGCGCCCUCUGCUUCAGCCUCCCAACAGAUGGCAGACGGGUCCGUCACUUUACCUCAGCCUGUCAACAGUCCUGUUGUUGUUGUGAGCUUUGUGCGAGCAGACAAAGGGAGACCUGAAAGAGGUGCGGGGAGGGCAUUUGGGUCUGUCCAGGCUGGCCAGUAAUGAUCCAGAACCAGUAGCUGGUGUAGUAUAGAAGUACAGGUAUUUUCAUGCACCUUCUUGUCACUCUUGUCGUUUUUAAAGUGUCCGUUAAAACAAUUUGUUCAGAGUACGGAUCAACCAGGCUUCUCUAUAAUUUGAAAGUUGAGACAUUAGCAUUCUUGUAUUUGAAGACUUUUAAAGUGUACAUUAGAGCUGCAACGAUUAAUCGAGUAAAAGGGUCAUAUUAUGCAAAAACUAUUUUUCUUACAUUUUUGCGCCUGUUUUAGUGCAUUUUGGGAUCCUUUUAACUCCUCCAAAUUUAAUUCCAGACCAUGGAGGCUUGACAGACGUAGGCUUAGGUUCCAUGAUAUAUUUUUAUUAUUAUUAUUAUUGAUGCACACAUCCAUCUAUCCAUUUUUUACCGCUUAUUCCCUUUGGGGUUGCGGGGGGCGCUGGAGCCUAUCUCAGCUACAAUCGGGCGGAAGGCGGUGUCCGCCCUGGACAAGUGGCCACCUCAUCGCAGGCCCAACACAGAUAGACAGACAACAUUCACACUCACAUUCACACACUAGGGCCAAUUUAGUGUCGCCAAUCAACCUAUCCCCAGCUGUCUUUGGAGUUGGGAGGAAGCCGGAGUACCCGGAGGGAACCCACGCAUUCACGGGGAGGACAUGCAAACUCCACACAGAAAGAUCCCGAGCCAGGGAUUGAACCCUGACUACUCAGGACCUUCGUAUUGUGAGGCAGACGCACUAACCCCUCUUCCACCGUAAAGCCUAAUGCACACAUAAUCAGUGAAAUUUUUAUGUUGUUUUUGUGCAUUUAAUAAAUAUAAAUAAUCAAUCAAAUUUUAUUUGUAUAGCCUUUAAUGACAAGUGUCUCAAAGGGCUGCAAAACGACAUCCUCGGCUCAGAUCCCACAUCAGGGUAAAGAAAAAACCCAACCCAAUGGGAUAGCAUGAGAAAAUACGCCUUGAGGUUAUAAAGUGGUUUAUCCGAUUACUCAAUUAAUCAAACAAAGUAAUUGAUAUAUUAGUUAUAUACUAAAUUAAUCAAUAGCUGCAGCCCUACGGUACAAUUAAAGCAGUGGUUCCUAACCUUGUUGGAGGUACCGAACCCCAUUAGUUUCAUAUGCGCAUUCACCGAACCCUUCUUAGUGAAAAAUAAAAUGUUUUCUUUUUCAAAUUCAAGACAAAGUUAUAUGUUUUUGGUAACACUUUAGUAUGGGGAACAUAUUCUAAGUAACAAAGAUUUAAUUUAUAGGUUUGUGGACACUAGGGGAAUAUAUUCUAAGUGACAAAGGCUUAAUUUAGAGAUAUUUGGUUAGGGUUAGGGUUCGAGGAUUAGGGUUAUAAUGAGCCCAUGGCAUUAAUAAGUACUUCAUAAUGACUAGUUAAGAGCCAAUAUGUUAGUAAUUUGCAUGUUAAUGAGCAACUAAUUAAUGGUGAAUAUGUUCCCCAUACUAAAGUGUUACCAUGUUUUUUUUACUGGGGCACAAAAUGAACCGUGCAUGAACAUCACCUUGUUCAAAGAAUAAAACCAACACAGUGCAUAAACUCACAACAAAUUGCACACCUUGCAAAUCAGUCUGACUUCUGCUGUUGCGUAUCCGUAAUACGCCGAUUAGUACAAGUUUUUAAUGAGACGAUGAGUCGAGUGUGUUUUGACCUCCGCUGAACCCCCUGAGGCCGACUCACCGAACCCCUAGGGUUUGAUCGAACCCAGGUUAAGAACCACUGAAUUAAAGCAAAUUGUUCAUUGAAGACCCAACUUUUACUUCAAAGGUUGUUUAUAAUGUGACGAUUGAGUAUUUGUGACCUGGAAAUGUCUGAAGAAAGACUGCAAGAUGUUGUGUUAAGACGGGUGUUGCCAACGUGUGAGGCAGAUCCUCACCUGGGAGACGUCACUGAGGGUUAUUUGAAUCAUUAUUAUUAUUACAUUAUCUGAUGGGACACACUGUAAGGUUUUAGACUAUGCUCAAAGUUAUUUUACAAUCUUUGGUCACAUGUAUCAUUUUCACUAUUAAAAAACAAUGUCAAAUGAAGUCAAUUAUAUUUAUAUAGCGCUUUUUCUCUAGUGAAUCAAACAGCAUUUACAUUGACAAACCCAUUAUCUACAUUUAAGCUACGCUUACACCAGUGUGGGUGGCACUGGGAGCAAGGUAGGUCACAACAACAGUGACUGGGAUGGCGGAAGCUGGAUUCGAACCAGGUAAACUUCAAGUUUCUGGCCGUCCAUUCUAGCAUUUGAGCCACGUUUCACACCCAUGGAAGAUUGUUUUUUGUUUAAAUUGCGGACACAACUUCUUACAGUCUUUUGCCACUUUAUUGUGUACUAAAAGACUAAUUCACCACAACAAUUACCCACAAUGUGCUGAGCGACUUUAUGAAAACACAAAUGAUUCCAAUCACUCUCCUUCAAAUGGUAAUCCGAAUAUACAAUGUGCUGCUAUGAUGAUGUAACUAACAGUUGUAGUAUUCAGAUGAAAAGUUACAAAUAUUUUAACUAACAAUGAUUGUUGAAGCACAACAAAGCAAUGCAUUUUUUAUUUUAUUGCAUUUAUUUUCCUAGAGGUCUUUCAGAGCUGUCAGUGUUGAGUUUUUUGUUUUGUUUUGCAAAUAAGCAGCAUUUCACUCUUGGAAACAUUGUUUUCCACAUGUAUCUUUUAAUUGUAUUUAAUGAAACAAAGUGUUUACCUAUAUUUCCAUGCCCUAUAGUUUCCUUUAUUGUCCUUGAUUUUCAUUUUGUGAUUUUCUUUCUUUCAAAUUUGUAUAGACGAACAUGUUUCGUUGUUGUAGUGAAAACUGCUAUGAAUGUGAAUGUCUAGUAAAUAAAUGCAAUCACAAUGCAACUUCAACAAUCAA